GUUACAUUGCCUGUUAUGGUGUACAUCCACGGUGGAUUUUAUUACGACGGCUCAGGCAAUUAUAUGCCCGAUUUCUUCUUGCAACACGAUGUAAUCUUAGUAACAUUGACCUAUAGACUCGAGUUAUUAGGCUUUUUAUCGUUGGAUAUACCAGAAGUGCCCGGGAAUGCUGGGAUGAAAGAUCAGGUAGCGGCCCUGCGAUGGAUUAAAAAGAAUAUUGCUAAUUUUGGUGGGAAUGACGAAAAUGUUACUAUUUUCGGUGAGGAUUCUGGAGCGUCUUCCGUCACGUACCACAUGUUGUCUCCUAUGUCGAAUGAUCUGUUUCAAAAAGUAAUAGCACAAAGCGGUGUUGCAAUUCAGGAUUGGGCGAUUGGAAAGGGAUCGAAAGAGAGAGCGUUCAGGGCGGGCAAGAUCUUGGGGAAGGACACAAGCGAUGUUUACGAGUUGCUUGAAUUUUUCAGAAGCUUAGACGCGAAUGUUCUUACUAAUCUUACUUUUGCAACCUUAACGCCAGAUGAACGUUACAGGGGGCUCCCAAAACACUUCAUGCCUGUGGCGGAAAAGAGAUUCUCUGAUGUUGAAGCUUUCAUCACUAAAGACCCAUUGAAAGUGCUUGUUGAGGAAACAAGCGAUGUUAGUACAGCCCUUCUUAUGCUUGGAUAUAACUCUGGCGAAGGUUCAGUGCUAGUUAAAGAUCAUAACAAGAAAUUGGACGUGUACAAUAAAGACCCUUCAUAUUACGUGCCAAGAGAGAUAGCGGAUUUAGUUUCUGAGAAGAAAUUAAAAGAAUUUGGAAAUAGGAUUAAAAAAAUUUACUUCGGAGAUAGAAAUAUUACCGAGAAUGAUGGAAAUAUAAUCACAGAUAUGCUAACCGAUAUGCAUUUUUCUUUCAAUACGCAUAGAUUUGCGCAUUUGUACACUUAUAUGUGUGGAGUGUCCUACAUGUACAGGUUCAACUACGAGACAGACUUGAACAUCAUUAAAGCAUCCUUUGGUCUUCAGGAUCUAAAAGGUGCUAGCCACGGAGACGAACUAUUUUAUAUGUUUUAUUUUGAUUCGAACAAAGAUCUUUACAGAGACCAAGAAAAGUUGAGAGACAUCAUAUUUAAAAUUACCAAACUAUGGACCAACUUCGCAAAAACAGGUAAACCUACACCUGAUAAUAGUUUAGGAGUGAUUUGGAACCGCUACACCAGGGAUGGGAAGGAAUACCUUAACCUCGGCGAGCCGCUUGUAAUGGGACAAUACGCGGAUAAAGAGAGAAUGGAAUUUUGGGACGAGCUAUAUGAUAAAGCUGGUGUACAACAUUUACAUGAUAUAUUCACUCCUUACCGAGAUGAAGGUCAGAGCAUUAUUAAAAUUACAAGUGACACAUUUUGUGACUACUUUUACGAAGAAAUGGCAAACCAAACAUAUUUUUAUCAUCCACCCAAACUAAUUGUCAGCAAGAAUGAAAACGUUAGUAAAUCUAGCGCACUUGAAAUAAUGAAUGUUUUGUAUAUUAUUUUUUCUUUCCUUCUGUUAUUGUUAAGAAGAUUUUAAUAAAAUAUUUAAUUGA